UAUGUCUGUACGUUUACCUCAAGCACGUGUGAUUGCUGGCUGCUGCGAUCUUGUCGCAGCCGGCGAUGUGCGGCUGCAAAUAACUGAAUUAAUCACCAACAGCUAAGUUUAAGUUCACAUAAACUUUACAUUUUGCACGCAGCAACCCGUUCCUCGGCUGUGACCCGUUCAAACCCGCCACUCUCGUUUAUUUUCUCUGUGUAUCGCUGAUAUUAAGUCGUCAGCAUGGCUAAAGCAAAGAGGAUCGGAGCUAAGAAAACAAGCUCCUUCAACAAGGGAACUCACAGUUUGAACCCAGACCGACCCAAGAAAAGCAAUGACAGCACAAUGCGAGACAAGUCGACCAUCAAGCGUCUCCUCAUGUACAAGAACUCAAGACCAUACAGGGACCGCAAGGGCAAGAUAGUGAAAGCCGCACCGUACCAGUCGUGGGUGACAUCUGGCACCGUGGCCCGAGUGGCACCGAACCCCAAGUGGUUCGGCAACACCCGCACCGUCAGCCAGGGGGCGCUGCAGCAGUUCCAGGAAGAACUGGGACAGGCCAUGCGCGACCCUUACCAAGUGGUGAUGCGACAGAGCAAACUGCCUGUUAGCCUGCUGAAUGAGAAGGCCAAGAAUGCCAGAGUGCACAUCCUGGAUACGGCAAGCUACGAGGCAACGUUUGGUCCCAAAGCACAGCGCAAGAAGCCACGUAUCUCGGCUGGAGACUUGAACGAGCUGGUACAGGCUGCUGACACCUCUCAAGCACAGCACGAGGAGACCAAGAAGGAUGCGCCAGAAGAGGAGGCCAGGGCUACCGUGCGUCAAGAAAUUAUGGCCAAAGGCCAGUCUAAGCGCAUCUGGAAUGAACUGUACAAGGUGAUCGACUCGUCGGACGUGGUGAUCCAGGUGCUGGACGUCCGGGAUCCACAGGGCACGCGUAGCCCUUUCAUCGAGCGCUUCAUGCGCAAGGAGAAACCCCACAAGCACCUGGUGUUUGUGCUCAACAAGUGCGACCUGGUGCCCACUUGGGUGACCCAGCGCUGGGUUGCCCUCCUCUCGGCCGAGUACCCGACUAUGGCGUUUCACGCUAGCAUUACGAACCCUUUCGGCAAGGGAGCCUUCAUCAACCUCCUCAGGCAGUUCUCCAAGCUGCACACAGACAAGCGGCAAAUCAGCGUGGGCUUCAUCGGCUACCCCAAUGUUGGCAAGUCGUCGGUCAUCAACGCCUUGAGGUCUAAGAAAGUCUGCAACGUGGCACCCAUUGCUGGGGAGACCAAGGUCUGGCAGUACAUCACGUUAAUGCGCAAGAUCUACCUAAUAGACUGUCCCGGUGUCGUCUACCCCACAGGCGACACUGACACGGAUAUAGUCCUCAAAGGAGUGGUUCGUGUCGAGAAUAUCGAGGACCCCCAAGAUCACAUCCCAGCGGUCCUAGACCGCGUUAGGCCCGAAUACAUUGUCAAGACAUACAAGAUCGACUCGUGGGACGACCCGGAGGACUUCCUCGAAAAGUUGGGCCGGAAGAUCGGCAAGCUGCUCAAGGGUGGGGAACCCGACAUAUCCACAGUGGCCAAGAUGGUUCUGAAUGACUGGCAAAGAGGAAAACUGCCUUACUUUGUCAAGCCACCCUGGUGGAGAGCUCGAUCUCUGCUGGAGUCUACCGGAACGCAAGAGAAUGCAGAGCCCUCUGGCGACAUCGCCAUAGCUGCGAAGGUGCGCCAAGACCUUGACGAAAUCCGGGUGGGUCCGCAGUUUGUGGCCGAGGACCUUCAGGCACCGCGAGGGGUCAAGGCGACUCCAGGGGCAUACGCCAAGUCCGAGGCAAAGGAUAAGACACCCUCUGAAAGUUCAUCCGUCGAAGUUGAGAAGUCCGCAGUGGAGGAACACGAAGGGCAGGACUCUAAGUCAGAUCUGGGCCCCGGUGGCGUUUUUGUUGAAUCUGAGUCUUCGCCAGAUGUUUCUCAAGAUGAACAGAAAGGAGAUGCCUCCGAAGGUUUGCCAGCUACCACGAAGCCGGGAAAUGAAGAGAAGGUUCCAAAAACCGCUGUCGAAGAGGUUGCGAGCAGUAUACCUGCCGAAGCAGAGGUGCGUUCAACUGCGGAGAACGAGGCUGAGGAGCCGAAUGACUCCUCCAGUGUUCCCAAAGAGGAACAAGCACCGAGUGCAGCUGAGAAGGACUCCAAAGCAUCGCAAGGUGACGCCGUCGACGUUCCCGUCAACAGACCACCAGCCAAGAAGCGGAAAAAGUCAGGCGCAGAUUCGCAGCACGUAGAACUCUGUGACCUCAUUGGAAAAAAGAUGGCCCAGAGCCCCUGGGCCCAGUUCCUGCCAAAGAAGAAACCGAAAACCGAGAGCAAUGCCCCGAGCGUCGACAAAGCUCCGGCGGCUCCGCCGGCACCCGUGAAUUUCGAAGCGGAAGACUCUUCUGACGAGGAUGAAAAGCGGGAGAGAGCAACCUCCCUGGUAACCAGCAGUGGCACGUUUGUUGUGAGCUCGAUGGCCAAGCGGAGAAAACCUGUACGAGAGGACGACGACACGCCUGCUAGGAGACUUACCGGAAAAGAGAAGCGACGAAAGAUGGAGGCGAAGAAGGUGCGAAAGGUGGGCCACCACUUCUACGACUACGCCAACGUGAAGAACCGCAACAGGGCCAAGGCGCGCAAGAACCGAGAAAACCAGAAGCUUCUGUCUAGAGGAAAAAUAAAGGCCCUGUGAUAAUUGUACAAAA